UAGAUUAGUUAAUUACUGUGAGUUUUUUUUUAAAUAACUUUACAGUACUAAUUAAUUCAUUUGAAAUUUCGCGCGGCUCAUGACGUAAUUGACGUAUACAUUCUUGGCGAUCGCUCAUUGGUUGACUCCAUAUUACAUCAUAUAUAUACAUAUAUAUAUAUGUUUUUGAAAUCGUUGACAAGGUUACGCAUGAAUUGAUUAUAGUAUAAGAGAUACUCUUGAGUACGUAGCAAUUUAAUGCAAAAUAUUUAAAUAAUUUUAAAUAAAAAUGUCAAUGCACGCAACACCGAUACUCUAUUUAAACAUGGGUGGAGAAAUGCUGUAUGUUUUACAACAAAGACUGAAAGCUCAAAAAAUCGACGUCGACAAAACAGUGCAAGUGUUAAACGAUGUAACUGCUGCUUUGCUCAAUGUCACAGUACUUUCAUCGGUCUUCAAAAAAGGCCCUGUUAUUGCAGUCGCUUCAUUGCGUCCUACUUUAGAAUGCGCUGCUUUAUCUUCUAUCAUGAAAUUGGAUAAUAGUAGCAUGGAUAAAUUGUUCGACUUAAUGACGAUGAUGGUCAAAUAUCAAUUGACUGUAGUUACUGGUCCUAAAGAAGUUAUUCUUCUUACAUUAAAUCAUAUUGAUGCAAUGCAUGAUAUGGUUAGCAAUCCAACUGGAAAAGAAUGCGUCGCAUUGGUCCAUCAAAUGGUUAUUGAUUUUUAUAGUGAAUUAACUUUCGACGAAGUAUGGAGAACGAGAUAUGAUUGUCUUCAAGAAUUAGAACCAUAUCGUGUUAGGGUUUCUAUUCUUUUAAGACUUGGUUUACAAAACGAAGAUACUAGUUUUAAUAUAACUUCAAAAAAGUACGAUGAAAAGUAUAAAGAAAAUAGACAUAUAUUAUGCAAUCAAAAAAUAAAAGAUGUAGACCCCAAUAAGAAUUGCGGAAGUUCCUUCCAACUAUUUGGCGACCGUGAAACAUUAUUGGGAAGAAAUAUAUACUCUUCUACAUAUGGAAUGACAGAAAAAUUAAAACCAUUGCAACACAAUUCAAACUUCCUAAAAGAUUGUGGCACCAAAGCAGAGCUUAGAAUGUUGGCCACUCAAUUAGGAACAGAAGAAACUUAUGAAAGGCCUUUUACUUUGAAUUUAUUUUCUAAUGAAGAAAAUAUAACUUCAAAUAAUAAAAAUAAGUGCAAUAUUGAUAAAAGUAACUCUGAAAAAGAAGAACAAGAAGUUGAGAAAACAAAGAUCAACGAAGACUAUAAAAAUAAGCUUGAUAAUGUUUAUGCAGAUUUUCAUGAAAAUGAAUUGGAAAAAACAGCACGCAGUAUGGAUCUACUUGAUCUGCUGGAUGAGAUCGAAUAACUGGCUAAUUUAUCAAAAUAUUAUUCAACUAAUUAAUUCCUACAUAUUUCUUUUC